AUGGACGCCCUGGAGGAGGUGUUUCGGGCCAACGGGAGCACAGCCCCGCCCCCGCCCAUGGCGCCCAACAUCAGCGUGCCACAUCGCUGUCUGCUGCUGCUCUAUGAGGAUAUUGGCACCUCCAGGGUCCGGUACUGGGACGUCUUGCUGCUCGUCCCCAAUGUGCUUUUCUUCAUCUUCCUGCUUUGGAAGCUUCCGUUCGCUCGGGCCAAGAUCCGCGUCACCUCCAGCCCCAUUUUUAUCACCUUCUAUAUCCUGGUGUUCGUAGUGGCGCUGGUGGGCAUCGCCCGGGCCGUGGUGUCCAUGACAGUCAGCACCUCGGACGCUGCCACCGUUGCUGAUAAGAUCCUGUGGGAGAUUACCCGCUUCUUCCUGUUGGCCAUCGAGCUGAGUGUGGUCAUCCUGGGCCUUGCCUUUGGUCACCUGGAGAGUAAGUCAAGCAUCAAGCGGGUGCUGGCCAUCACCACAGUGCUGUCCCUGGCCUACUCUGUCACCCAGGGGACGCUGGAGAUCCUGUACCCUGAUGCCCACCUGUCGGCUGAGGACUUCAACAUCUAUGGGCAUGGGGGCCGCCAGUUCUGGCUGGUCAGCUCCUGCUUCUUCUUCCUGGUCUACUCUCUGGUGGUCGUGCUCCCCAAGACCCCGCUGAAGGAGCGCAUCUCCCUGCCUUCACGGAGGAGCUUCUACGUGUAUGCGGGCAUCCUGGCGCUGCUCAACCUGCUGCAGGGACUGGGAAGCGCGCUGCUCUGCGCCGACAUCAUCGAGGGGCUCUGCUGUGUAGAUGCCACCACAUUUCUCUACUUCAGCUUCUUUGCGCCCCUCAUCUACGUGGCCUUCCUCCGGGGCUUCUUCGGCUCGGAGCCCAAGAUCCUCUUCUCCUACAAAUGCCAAGUGGACGAGACUGAGGAACCAGACGUGCACCUGCCCCAGCCUUACGCGGUGGCCCGGCGAGAGGGACCGGAGGCGGCAGGGGCCGCGAGUACACAGUUCGACUCGGCCGGAGGGGUGGCCUACCUGGACGACAUCGCCUCCAUGCCCUGCCACACUGGCAGCAUCAACAGCACAGACAGUGAGCGCUGGAAGGCUAUCAACGCCUGAGUGUGGCCACCCUGGCAGGAAGGCCUGCUGGGGCCUGCAGAGGGCAGACUGGAGAGAAGGCCAGGGCGCGCAAAGCCCCUGGUGGAGGGGGAUGAGGUCGCAGGACCUUCUGUGGGCGGCAGCCCCGUGCGGGCCCUGUCCUGCCCUCUGCGUUGCCUGUGGCCACCUCUGCUCUAGCUGGGGGCCGCCUCCCCCUUCCACCUGCCCUCACCCUGCUCAGCGACAUGGCCCAGACUCUGAUCUCCCAGGGCCUGCUGAGGGUGUCUCCUUUCUCCAAAGCCUGCGCACCCGGGACCGGUCUGGCCUUCCUCGUC